CGCCGCAAUGAUGAUGGGCCCGAUGCGACAACAACAACAACAAUAAGGACUUCUUUCUCUUAAUCAAUCGAAAUUGCCAACUAGAAAUUAACUUCCAGACGAUAUCAUUAAGCCGAUGUAGCCAAACUUACUGAAAUUCCUAGAAGUGUUCUCACUUCCAUCCCUGGAGAAGAAGAGAAAUCCGAACAGUCUUCCCAACAAGACAAUCAUGUCCUCAACCCACAAAGUCUACCUAACAGAGUCCAUCGGCGGCGGCGAAUUCAACCACAUCGCCCUCUUCAUCGCAACCGGCGCCGGAGCCGGUGCCGGUCCUAUCGAGAACAACAGUAACACAAGCGAAAAACCAUCCGGAAUCCUCUACAACGUCAUCGGCACCAUCGUCAUCGGCGCUGGGCAAACCUACGAAGUCCGAGAAACAACCAACCCGCAACUCGCCAUUGAGCAUAUCCCGGGGACGUAUCGCUGCAUCGGACAAGUGCGACAUGAAGACCUGGAUCGAUUCGCAGCGAUUUGUGAGAGCAUUCCUGUGCCGGGACCGCAGUUGAGUUUACGGGGGAAACCUGUGGACCCGACGAAGCCGGUGCGGAGAUGUACGGAGUGGACGAUGGAGGCAGUAGAGGCGCUGAAGGAAGCUGGAAUCCUGACACCGGAGCGACAGUGAGAUUGUAGGCCGCCAUAUGUUCGAUAUGAACUUGAUUGCUCGGUGUAUCACGGCCCGUUGUCCGAUAGCUCAUUUGAAA